GUUCGGUCAGUUGUAAGGCGCGUGACAAAGAGAGUUGGCAAGCAGCAGAGGCAGCAGCAGCAGCAACGGCAGCGGCAACAAAAGCAGAACAGGCAUCUUGCGGCGCCGGAGAAUAAACCCCGCGAGAUCGCGUUUCGUAAACAAACAAAUCCGAAUCCGUUCACCCGCGGCUUCGCAGUCCAUUUUGAGUCCGGUGUUGCUGUAAGGAAACAGAUACCCGAUAUAGAUAAAGCCGGGACGGGGGGGAGGUUGAGACUGUAGAAAAGAAAGUAUUGAGAACCAGCACACGCGUCACCAUGCUGUCCCCUAAGGUUAUACGAGCCCCGGGUGCUCCACCGCCACCUCCACCACCCAAACCGGAGAAGCCUCCGGGUCGAAUCACGCAGGAUGACGAUGGUGGUGGAGGCGGCGUCACAAACAACAACUCGGUGGCACCAAACGGGCACGGUGCGACAGUUCCAUCGCGGAUACCGGACGAGGAGCAAGUCGUGAUGACACCGCUCGGCAAGACGAACACCUCCACCGUGCUGCUGGUCGAGCGGAAGCUCAUCGAAGCGGUCGGCGAGCGGACACACGUUGCCGGCGGUGACCACAGGGGCAUCAUCAUCAACAAAACCACCGAAGAGCCGUCCAGCCGCCAGCGCGAUCCCGCCCAGCUAAGUCUGGAGUUUCGCGUGUUUCUCGUCAGCGCCAACACCGGGCAGCACUCGCAGGAAUCGCGCCGUAUCAAGUUCUGGUUCCGGCCGUGGCUUACCUCCGACGACGUGCAGGCGCAGGUGGCGCAGGACUUUUUCCGCGAGCUGGUCAGCCCGAAGGAGUUCCCCCGAGACUACGUAGGGUUCAUCAAGAAGAUCAUGAAGCUGCUGCAGAAGGGCUACAACGAGAUACAGGCCGUCGAGAUCGAGCUGCGAAUACUGGAGCAAACGUCAGCGCCUCCGUCGCGACCGUCACGACCCGGGCAUGUGAUUAUUUGCUACGGCAACUGUCAUAAACGCGCUCCGAACAGUAACGACGGUGGCGAUCAUAAAACUCACCCUGGUGGUGGUGGUGGUGGUGGUGAUGGUAUUCAUAAUGGGCAGGUUGGAGUCGGUGGUGGCAGCAUUCACGUUACCCCUAUCAAACAGCAGCACACGGAGCGGGACGAGGACGGUGAAGUGUCGUUCGAGGAUGAGCAGUUCGAGGUGGUACCGCUAACGCCGGAAAAGAUCCUGGAGCUGAUCGAGCAGGCCUACCCCAACCCAAUCACGCCGGAUGAUCUAGCCAAGGACCACGGCUGGGAGGAGGAGGAGGUGAUGGCCAUCAUGCUGGUGCUAAAAGAACGGGGGCUCAUUAAAUCGAUGGAGUACAACUCAUACACGCGCAUUCACCAUGACGAUCAGGCGAUCAAAAUCGUCAAGCAGAUGCCGACGAUCGCUUCCAACAAGCAGCCCACGAUUGCCAUCAUUACCGCGCAGUACUGCGAGAAGCUGGCGGUCGACGCGAUGCUGGAGAACAAGGAAACCUUCGUGCGGUACACGACCGUAGGUACUAGUCCCGAUAAGCCUCUAGGUACUGAUUCGACCGAGCGAACGCGGCGGCGAAAAAAUCGGUUCGGCGAAUCGAAUGUGUACACGCUGGGCAACAUUGGGGCACAUCGGAUCGUCAGUACGAAGCUGCCGUCGGUCGGGAGUACGCGGGAGGCGAUGACGGCGGCGGGGAACACGACGACGCGCCUGCUGGGCACCUUCCAGAAGGUGGACCACGUGUUCAUUGUCGGCGUGGCUGGCGGCAUUCCACACUACACCGACUACCGGCGGCACGUGCGGCUGGGGGACGUGGUGAUAGCGGCGGCGGCGGUGGCGCCGGUGCCAGACGCUACCACCCAGAAGCCCUACUGCUACGUCUACAGUGGGCCGGGCGAGGUGAAGCGCUACUAUCCGCUCGACGAUGGACUGCAGGCGAUCGCGCGCACGCUCGCACACAACGACGACGGCAAGCGGCCGUGGGUGCGGUACGUGCAGGAAGGUCUGCAGCAGCUCGGCGGUGGCCACGGGGAGAGCAACCACCAGCACGACUUUGCCCGCCCGGCGCCCAACACCGACAAGCUGUACAUGAACAUCGGCAACCGGAACGUGAUCGAGGUGGCGCACCCGGUGGCCACGCCGUCGCCGGACGACCCGGACGGCAACGACGGCACGGACGGGGUGCCCACCACGCGCCUGCACGCCGGUCCCAUCGGCUCCGGCCACGAGCUGGUGCGCUCCGAUAGCGCCCGCACCGAGUACGCCCAGGCCUACAACCUGCUCGCCACCGACGUCGAGAUGAACUCGGUGCUCGACAGCAUCGUCGGCAACUGCCGCGACAGCUUCAUCCUGGUGAAGGGCAUCGCCGACUACAAGGACGGCACCACGUCGCGCAAGUGGCAGAACUACGCGUCACUGGCCGCCGCCGCCGUCAUGAAGACGAUCGUGUGCGCAAUGGACGCACCGACCAACGUUUAGGGACGCGACCACCGAGUUCCAGGUUGAUUAGAACAAAGCUAGAAACACCGUGCCCUUCUCUAGUCCAGAUGGGGAGGGUGUGCGUGUGGACGGCGGGGGAGCUAGCAAGCUCUCUCGCACCAUCAACUUAUAACCAAAUCUGUAUGUAGCACACGAAACGGGGGGGGCAACACCAGAACCGCUAAAUCGUAUCUCCAUGCCAUAAAUGUUUGCCUCAGUGUCAGUGUCAACAAGCUUACCAUUUUAUAUUCAACGGUAAUACGGUAGACACGGUACAAUUCAAUCAAGUAAUGGGAAUACCGUAAUGUAAAGAGUUGUUGCAAACUUCUAGUCGAUUAUCCCGCAACGAUUCCGGGUAUCUUGUAUAUCGACGAAACAAAAAAAACAUGAGAAUAUACAAUACUUUUAAUUGAAACUAAAAAACAAAAAAAACAA